AUGGUCUCCGGCUCGCGCUUUUUCGGCCUUCGCGGCACGAAGCUCAAUGUGGCCGUCGGUGUCAUCGCCGGCCUCGAUUUCCUCCUUUUCGGUUAUGACCAGGGUGUCAUGGGAGGACUGCUCACGCUUGGAUCCUUCCUCAAAACUUUUCCCGAAAUGGACGUAAACUCUGGAACUACUGAGGCCGAGAGAAACCACAUUUCGACCAUCCAGGGAAUCUCAGUGGCCUCCUACAACGUUGGUUGCUUUUGUGGCGCCGUUGCCUGUAUCUGGGUCGGUAACAUGCUGGGGAGAAGAUGGACCAUUUUUGUGGGCUCCGCUAUCAUGGUUGUUGGCGCUGCUCUCCAGUGCUCUGCUUUUGGCCUUGCACACUUCAUCAUUGGCCGUAUCAUUACCGGAGUGGGCAACGGCCUGAACACCUCGACUGUCCCGACAUGGCAAUCAGAAACCUCCAAGUCCCAUCGCCGUGGCCAGCUGGUCAUGAUUGAGGGUGCUCUGAUCACCGGUGGCAUUUGCAUCAGCUACUGGCUCGACUUUGGUUUCUCCUAUCUCGAGCCGAGCACCAUCAGCUGGCGCUUCCCCAUUGGAUUCCAGAUCUUUUUCGCCCUUAUCAUCCUGCUCUUCAUCCUCUCCCUCCCUGAGUCCCCGCGCUGGCUCAUUCUCAAGGGCCGCGAGGAAGAAGCUAUGGAAGUUCUCUGUGCCCUCAAUGACACCAACGAGGACGACCAGUACAUCCAGAGCGAGUUCCUUGCCAUCAAGGACACGGUUCUCGAAAUGGCAAAGGGCAGCUUCUCUGACCUUUUCACCAUGGGCAAGGACCGCCAUCUGCACCGCACCGUUCUGGCCUACGUCAACCAAAUGUUCCAGCAGAUCUCAGGAAUCAAUCUGAUCACGUACUAUGCCGCCAACAUCUACGAGAAUUACGUUGGUCUCAGCCCCUUCAUCUCGCGUAUUCUGGCCGCAUGCAAUGGUACCGAGUACUUCUUGGUCUCCUGGAUCCCUGUCUUCAUCAUCGAGAAGUUUGGACGCCGCUCGCUCAUGCUCUUCGGCGCCGUUGGCAUGUCGUUGUCCAUGGUCGUCCUUGCUAUUGCAAACUCGAUAAACGAAGGCAAGAGUGCCGAUGAGCGUAACACCGCCGCCGGUAUCGUGGCUGCCGCUUUCCUUUUCGUCUUCAACUCGUUCUUCGCCGUCGGCUGGCUUGGAAUGACUUGGCUAUAUCCCGCCGAAAUCGUGCCCCUUCGCAUUCGUGCCCCGGCCAAUGCCCUAGCUACCAGUGCCAACUGGGCCUUCAACUUCAUGGUCGUCAUGAUCACCCCCGUCGCUUUCUCAUCCAUCGGCUAUCAGACUUACAUCAUCUUCGCCGUCAUCAACGCCUUCAUCGUCCCCGUCACCUAUUUCUUCUACCCCGAGACGGCGUACCGCUCGCUCGAGGAGAUGGACACCAUCUUUCACAAGACGACGUCCGUCUUCGACGUCGUCAAGGUCGCGCGCGAGCUGCCCCGCCGCUUCGGCAAGAACGGCGAGCUGCUCAUCGACUACAACGACACAGAAGAGGCCGCUGCGCACGGCGGUGCCCGCAGGCGGUCCAGCGCUGGCGCCGGCGCUACCGGUGGUGUGCAUGGCAGCGGUGCGGGCUUCGGCAUCUCGAAUGUGGGUGACAAGGUGAGGACGAAGAAUGUCGAGAAUGUGGAUACGCCCAGUGGCGGCGGGGAGUCGUCAGUGGAUGAGAAAGGUGUGGAGAAAUGA